AUGCGAGACGGUCCAAUUUGUGCUCUCCGAACGAGAAGAAAUGAAGACACGAUAGAAGAGCCCGGCACGGGACAGGCUCGCUCGACCCUCCUGCCGCUUGUGGUGCUGUCUCUGGCCGCGGCCGCGGCCGCGGCGGGCGGCUUGUGCCCGGCGAGCUGCGGCAUGAUUGACAUCUCGUACCCUUUCGGUGUAGGUCCGGCGUGCUCCCUGCAGGGGUUCAACCUCACCUGCGACUCCAACACGUACGGCAACCAGCUCCGGCUCGGCAGCCCCAACGUCAGCGUGGACUACAUGACGGUGUCCGCGAGCGGCUCCAUCACCGCGCUCGCCGCCCACGUGAUGCGGUCCGUGAGCAUGCCCUCCGCCGCCGCCGCCUACUCCGCCUCGUGGGAGGGCCCAGGCAGGCCGUUCGCCAUCUCCGGCUCGUCGAACAUGUCGCUGUUCGUUCUCGGCUGUGGCGUCGCGGCCGCGCUGCUGGACAGCGGCACCGGAGCCGCGGUCGGGAACUGCUCCGUGAUCUGCGCCGGGGAGCAGGUCAUGGAGAGGCUGCCGGACGGGCUCUGUGCCGGCGUGGGAUGCUGCCGCAUCGACGUGCGAGUGCCCCUCAGGGCGUUCGUCCUCAACCUCUCGCGCACGGGCGAGGGUGUCAUCAGAGACAGGGUGAUGUUCCUGGUCACUGGCCGAGACGGGUACACGUUUCGGGCGAGCGACCUGGAGCAAGGCAUUGAUGCAGGUGAGGUCGCCCCAGCUCUGCUGGACUGGGCCAUCCCUGACCGCCCGAAUUGCGCACUGGCUGUGACGAACAGGGCUAGCUAUGCCUGUGUCAGUAACAACAGCGAGUGCCAGGACUCACCGAUUGGUGGCUACGUUUGCCACAGCUCCCAGGGUUUCUUCGGCAACGCCUACGUCGUCGAUGGCUGCGUACCAAACCAAGGUAAUCCUCCUCUCCGUGACUCCAUCUAUGCCUCUUCUCGCCACUCGAAUGUCUUGCCAAUUGCUAUUGAGCAACAAGGACGAGCAGGCAUGUGGGGUACAGAUGUAGAUGCUCCUCUGGUUUCGAAGGGAAUCCUCAUACAGUGUGACGUUGAAGAUGGAUGCACAGAUAUUGACGAGUGCUUGCAGCCAGAUAAAUACAUUUGCCAUGGCGUCUGCCGGAAUAGCCUUGGAAGCUUUUCUUGCACUGAGUGUCCGCAUGGAACAGAGUUCGACACUGCUGCAAGAAAGUGUAUCACCAUUGGAAUCAGUUCUGGUGGUGGCCUUCUAUUUCUUGCAACAAUCGCUGUUAUUCUCAACCGAAGAUGGAAGAAAGGAGUCCAAAAGCGGCUCAGGAGGCGGUACUUCCGCAAGAACAAAGGCAUUCUCCUUGAGCAGCUCAUCUCCUCUGACCAGAACGCGAGCGACAGCACAAAGAUAUUCUCCCUGGCCAAGCUAGAAAAGGCAACGAAUAACUUCGAUCAAGCCCAUGUGGUUGGCCGCGGCGGCCAUGGUACGGUCUACAAAGGCAUCCUAAUGGAUCAGCGCGUCGUCGCCAUCAAGAGGUCGAAGCUGGUGGCUAACGCAGAGAUAGACGAGUUCAUCAACGAGGUCGCAAUCCUCUUGCAGAUCAACCACAGGAACGUGGUGUAG